AACAAGUCAAACCAUUUUUCACCAGCAUUCUUAUUUUUAAAUUUAACAAUGUAUUAAUGAAGUAUAAGAAUUUAUAAUAAAUAUCGUGCGAAAUGGUUUUGUCAUUUUGUGUUAAAAGAUUUAUUUUGUCAAGGAGUAAUGCUCAUAAAAUACCAAAACGUAAUGGAUACAUAGUACUUCUUCCAGAAAUAGGCGAAGAAUGUCCACAACAAAAUUUAUUGAAAGAGGAUAAGACUCCAGAAUUUAAUAAUAUUACCAUUGAAAAAUGUAUAACAGCGAUUCGAAAACAAACUAUAGAAUGUGAUAAUCAAAUACAAAAAAUAGAAACAGAAUUACAAGGUAAAAAAGAUGUAAACGUAUUUAACGAUAUCUUAUACCCCUUGGAAGAAACUUAUGUUCCUUUGGGAAUAACAUGGGGUAUAGCACAAACAUUAUAUUAUGGAAACCAAACUUUAAUACCUACCAAAUCUUUUAUUGGUAUCAAUUUACGUGCUUUGAAAGCAACAGAAGCUAAAUUUAGUAGCUUACCAAUUUAUGAAGCUUGUAAACGUGCUAAAGAAAAUAAAAAUAUCCAAUUAACAAGUCAACAAGAAAGGUUACUAGAAAAAUAUACAAUGGAAGGAAGAUUGAAUGGAUUGGAAUUAUCGAAAAAAAAGAAGGAAUGGCUUAAAAAUAGUUACCGUAUUUUAUAUGAACAAGAAAUGGAUUUUAUAAAAAAAUACGAGAGUGCAAUAAAGCAAUGUUCUUAUAUCAUACAAAAUGAAGAUGACGUUAAAGAUUUUCCCGAGGAAUUAUUAGAAGCUACAGCAACAAAUCCUGCACAAUCUCAUGUAGGUCCUUGGACUAUCACUUUACAGCCACACGUUCUUAAAUUAUUCUUAGAAUAUUGUUCUAGUCGACUUUUACGUUGGAAAAUGUGGAAAGCGAAUGCUACAUUAUUAUCUCCCUCCGAUGAUAAGAUGUUCCAAACAAAUUCUAUAUUAAGAGAAAUUUAUUAUAUGCGUAAACAACAGGCAAAUUUGUUCAAAUUUAAAACCUAUGCUCAUAUGAGUAUGAUAACAAAAAUGGCUGGUAGUUUAGAAGAAGUGUAUAAUACAUUUAACAUCUUGUUAGAAAGUGCUCGUAAUGCUCAGGAACUCGAAAUACAAAAGUUGACUGAAUUUGCAAAUGAAAGAGGAUUAGAAGGUUCCCUCAAGCCAUGGGAUGUCCUUUAUUGGAAUAAACAAUAUCAAGAUAAUAUUUAUAAAUUUAAAAAAGAAUCAUUGAAAAAUUACUUUCCAUUGCCAAAGGUGCUAAAUGGAUUAUUUGAUUUACUUAAAGAAAAUUUUGGUAUAGAAAUUGUUGAGAAUAAAAAAGUAGACAUUUGGCACAAGGACGUUUCCUUCUAUGAUGUAUUUAAUAGAAAUAUAUCAAGUACAGAACCGAUAGCAAAUUUUUAUUUAGAUCCCUAUGUAAGGGGUGAAGAAAAACCUCAUGGUAGUCAAAACUCUGGAUAUAUGGUAAUAAUAAAAAAUAGAAGUAAACGUUUGGACACAAAACCAAUGUGUUCUUUAAUAUUUCAUUUUCAACGUCCAAAGGUUGAAAAUCCUUCGUUACUUACGUUUGAAAACGUGCGAACGGUAUUUCAGCAGUUUGGUCAUGCAUUGCAUCAUAUGACAGCUACAACCGAUUAUCCAGACAUUUCUGGACUAUCUUACGUAGAAUGGGAUGCAGCUUACAUUUAUAAUUGUUUUCUUGAGAAUUGGUUAUAUGAACCAUCAACUUUACAAAAGAUUUCUGAACAUUAUGAAACAAAAGAAACUUUACCGGCAGAAGCAGUUGAACUCAUAAAAAAUUCAAGAUUACAAUUAGCAGGAUAUAAUUUAUGUACAGAUCUUCUUUUUUCACGUUUUGACUUAGAGAUAUAUUCAAGUGAAGAAUCUUGGGGAGCUAUUAUGGAAAGACUUUGGAAAGAACACUUCGUAAUGCCAAUGGAAAUAAACGAUGUAUUUAUUUAUUCUUUUAAACCUAUUUUUUCUAUGCGUUUGGCUACAAAUCAUUAUGGUCAUCUUUGGUCAAAAAUGAUUGCAGCAGAUAUAUUUAGUGCAUUUCAAGAAGUACCUUUUGAAAACAAAAUUGGUUAUGAGGAAGUUUGCGAAAGAUUCCAAAAAACAUUUUUAUCUUUAAAUAGUAUUUAUCCAACUACUGAAAUUUUUAAAAGAUUCAGAGGAAGGAAUCCAAAUCCUCAAGCACUGUUAAGAAAUCUGGAAUUAUAUAAAACUGAAUAAUAAAAAAUUAGAAAAUUACAAACUUUCUCCUAAAUAUAAA